UGUAGUACCGCCGCCGCCAGUUCGACGUGACAAUCUGGACGUGUCGCAGGCUUUCGAUCCCGUAUAACGGUCAACAAAUGUCGGUCAACGCAGUUUCUAGUAAAUAAUGUUAAAAAAAAAAGUGGUGAUUUCGUGUGUAUGACUUCUCAUGGACCAGAUUAACUAUAGUUUUCCGACGUUGUUAUAAGGAACACGAGGGCGGCAUGCCUGCUCUUCGCCUCUUUGGCAGGAAAUGGUUAGCCGCGUCGGAUGACCUCGUUUUUCCCGGAUUAUUUGAAAUAGGCCUGAGACUAAUAUGGUUGGCCCUACUGGUGUGUGUCCAUAUCGAAUACUACCAAGACACCUGGAAAUGUUCAGCAGGAGGAGACUACGUUCGUGCUUACAUAAUCGGAAUGUUGUGUCUGCUGUCCGCAGUGAUCGUGGUCCUAGUGGCGUUGGUUAACCAGAGCGCCAAGGGUUCCAUAACAAACGUAGAGGCCCGCAAACUGGUUCCACCCAUUUUACUGCUCAAACUCUUCCUCAUCUUACCGGAAGUGGUGCUGAACAUCUUCGGUACCAUGUGGGCCUUUUGCCGGGAGUUAGUCCAGUGCCCUUAUGAGGGCCACUUUUCCAGAACCGUCAUAGAAGCCCUAGUGGUGUUCAACUGGGUACUGUUCGGCCUAGCGGUGUUCGGGCUCGUGAUGGUGUUCGACCCUUUGGGCUCCAAACGGUACCACGAAGUCCAAGAGACCCCCAGUGCGGGAGAGUCUUUGAGGCACCGUAAAAGUACCAGCAUAUGGAAGAGGAGGUUCAAAUGGGCGUUCUGCUGGGUGCGUUCUGAUGAGCACGGUCACGAAGCGUUCCAGCAGGUUGCCGCCCUGUUGAGCGCCCUUUUUCGUAGCACGGACCUGGUGCCCUCAGAUGUGUUGGCCGGAUGCGUUUUGUUGAGGAUCAAACAGAAGAGGGAAACCAGGGAGAUGAGGAGGAUUUUCAUGCUGGCCGAUGACGAACCAAAGUAUUCCACGGACCUGAACAAAAUCUUCUCCAUCGCUCCUAGGUGGAUGAACCUGGAGAAUGCCAGACACUUUCUACGUCUCUCAAUGGCCGCCUACGGUUGGCCCUUUGUCAUGUAUCUACACUGUAGCACCGGCUUGUGUAGACUCCUCAACAACUUGACUUGCUGCUCCUGCUUCGGGCAGCCUCAAUACACCUUGGUGCUGGACGAUAAUUGCUGCUUUUGCCAUUUCGCUGGGGUGAAGCAUAUUUCGAAAAUCGAGGAGGAGGAUAUACUGUUCGCUUCCUUUAGGAACCACGUGUUUGAGCUUCCCUUCUGCGUCAUAGUGGAUCAUAAAACCGCCAAUAUAGUGGUGGCAAUCAGAGGUUCAAUAUCCUUAAGAGACAUAUUUACCGACUUGACGGCUACUUCUGACAGAUUUGAGGCGGAAGGGUUGCCGAAUGAUACAAUGGCCCACAAAGGGAUGAUUGCUGGGGCAGUUUAUAUCCAUAAAAAAUUAAAAGAGGUGGGUAUUCUGGAAAAGGCUCUGGCAACUUAUCCGGAGUACGGACUGGUGCUGACUGGACACAGUUUAGGGGCGGGCGUGGCGUGCCUUCUAGGAUUUAAAAUUAGACCCAAGUAUCCUGACUUGAAGGUGUAUGCCUUUGGGACCCCUGCCGGACUGUUAAGCAGGGAAGCAGCUAGACUAUCGGAGAGUUUCGUGUUCACCGUAGGGGUAGGCGAUGAUUUCGUCAUGCGCCUAGGCGUCGAUAGUAUCGAGAAUCUACGAACUGGAAUAAUCCAGACGUUGCAUGCCAGUAAAUUGCCAAAGUAUCGUAUAAUCCUGAACGGACUGGGUUACACCCUAUUUGGAGUACCGCCACGCGACCUGGAAUCCACCUGGAAAGACGACAUGAUCCCGGAAUUCCAGGAACUCCCCAGAUCCCCACUAUUAGGCGGACGGGUCAUACCCACAGUGGCCGCAUCAACCGAGGCCGCCUUCCUAUCCAGAGACCUGAGCGUCCGAAGAUUCUCAGAAACAAGACUGUACAUAGCGGGAAGAAUCCUGCACAUUGCUCAACGUAAAAAGACGAAAACCGAAAGGAAAUCCGGAACCGGCGGUCCAGAUUACGAGAUGCGAUGGGCUACAGCGGAAGAUUUCGUGGAGCUGAAGGUGAUGCCCCGGAUGCUCCUCGACCAUUUGCCGGACAACGUGUAUAAAGUCCUGGAUACGGUUUUAAGGGAACAAAAGGAUAACGUCAGUGAGAUAAUUUAAGGGAGCCUUAAGCUCUUAUCAGUAAAUUCGUCCCAAAGGGCUGGUAAAGCAGUAUACGCAUAUACAUUCCAGUUUUAUAGUCUGAUCAGUUAGUUUAGGCGUUAAAGACAAGAAGUAUUUUAGAUCAAAAUAAACGUUUUUUUUUUAA